AUGGAUGGAGAUGACAACAUUGAUCCUAUUGAUUUAUACUCCAUAGAUGAGUAUCUUCAAGAGCAAGCAAUCAUGGAUGAUUUAGGCAUUCAUCUAAUAUCUGAAAUGCAGUCCAUUGCUGAUGGUUUACAAGGUGGAAGAGUUCAGUGUGGUCAUAGGAGGUAUGUGGAUAGACCACGUGAAGAAGCUAGGCAACAACUAAUGGAUGACUACUUCUCGCCUAAUCCAGUCUACAAUGAGGUGCAGUUUCGUAGAAGAUUUAGGAUGAGGAAGACUCUCUUUUUGAAGAUAGUGGAGGCAUUGAGUGGUUGGUCAGAGUAUUUCACCUUAAGGCCGGAUGCUUUGAAUCGUCUCGGAUUCUCGCCAAUUCAUAAGUGUAUAGUAGCAACUCGUCAAUUGGCAUAUGGUGGCUCUGUUGACCAACAAGAUGAAUAUUUGAAGAUGGGAAAAAGUACUGGUGUUGAGUGCUUGAAAAUAUUUGUUAAGGGUGUCAUUGCAGUAUAUGGUGGAUAA